GGGGCAAUUUAGGACUAAUAGUGAUGUGAAACAGGUGAGGCAAUCUAAUUAAGUCUAAUCACAGUAUAUAAGGAGCCUCCAAAAAAGGCCUAGUCCUUCAAGAGCAAGGAUGGGUCGAGGCUCGCCAAUCUGCCAACAGCUGCGUCAGCGAAUAAUCCAACACCUUGAGAACAACAUUCCCCAAAGACAAGUCGGUAGGAUUUUUGGGCAUUUCACCUUCUUCAGUGCACAAUAUAAUUAAAAGAUUCAAGGAAUCCGGUUAAAUCUCGCUGCGUAAAGAACAAGGCCAAAAACCACUUCUGAAUGCGUGUGAUCUCCGAUCCCUCAGACGUCACUGUAUUAAAAACAGUCAUGAGUCUGUAAUGGAUAUCCUGACAUGAGUUCGGGAUUACUUUGGUAAACCAACACCAUUCGCCGCUGCAUCCACAGAUGCAAAGCAGAAGCCAUACAUCAACACUGUCCGUAAGCGCCACCGACCUCUCUGGGCUCGGUCUCAUCUGAGAUGGACAGUAGCACAGUGGAAUCGUGUUUUGUGGCCGGAUGAGUCAACAUUUCAAAUGGUUUUUGGACAAAACAGCCGUCAUGUUCUCCGGGCCAAAGAGGAAAAGGUCCAUCCAAGCUGUUAUCAGCAUCAGGUCCAAAAGCUAGCGUCUGUCAUGGUAGGGGGUGUGUCAAUGCUCAUGGCAUGGGUAACUUGCACAUCUGUGAGGGCAUCAUUAAUGCAGAAAGAUAUAUACACAUUUUGGAGCAACAUAUGCUGCAUCCAGAGCAGGACAACACCAAACCACAUUCUGCUCGGAUUACAACCACAUGGUUGAGCAAGCAGAAUGCGGGUACUAGCAUGGCCUGACCUGUCUCUGAAUGAGAAUGUAUGGCGCAGCUAAAGAAAUGCAUAAUGGAUGAAUGGGGGAAAAUUUUGCUUGCUAAACUUAAUGAUAAUGAGUCUUUAUUGAUCACAUAUACAUUACAGCACAGUGAAAUUCUUUUCUUCACAAACCCCAGCAUGUCAGGAAGCUGGGGUCAGAACGCAGGGUCAGGCAUGAUACAGCGGCCCCUUUGAAAUAAGUGUAUAUUUUCCAAAAAAAAUUUUUUUUAAAGUCAAACAUCAAAUAAUGUGUUAAUAAUGUGCUGUCAAUAUAGUGCAGGGUGAAUAGAAUUUUCAAAUGACUUUUUCUUUUUUGCAGUUUCCAUACUGUCCCAACUUUUUCUGAAUUGGGGUUGUACAUACAUCCAACAGGUAUGUGCAAAACAGAUGUGCAAACAAGUGCAUCAGCUGUAACUUUAAAACCACAGACAGGUGACGUGAAUAAUAUUGAUUAUCCAUUCACAAUGGCACCUGUCAAUGGGUAGGAUAUAUUAGGCAGCAAGUGAUCAGUCAGUUCUCAAAGUUGAUUUGUUGAAAGCAGGAUAAAUGGGUGGGCGUAAGGAUCUAAGCGACUUUGACAAGGGCCAAAUUGUAAGGGCUAGAUGACUGGGUCAGAUCUCCAACACAGCAGAUCUUGUGGGGUGUUCCCGGUGAACCAACAGUGAUCCAAGGAAGGACAACCGGAGAACAGGCGAUAGGGUCAUGGGCGCACAAGGUUUACUGAUGCGCAUAGGGAGUGAAGGCUAGCCCGUUCGGUCUGAUUCCACAGAAGAGCUACUGUAGCACAAAUUGCUGAAAAAGUCAAUGCUGGCUGUGAUAGAAAGGUGUCAGAACACACAGUGCAUCACAGCAUGCUGCAUAUGGGGCUACAUAGUUGCAGACUGGUCAGAGUGCCCAUGUUGAUCCCUGUCCACCGCUGAAAGCACCUACAAUGGGUACAUGAGCACCAGAACUGGAGCAAAGGAAGAAGGUGGCCUGAUCUGAUGAAUCAUGUUUUCUUUUACAUUAUUUGGACGGCUGGGUACAUGUGCGUCGCUUACCUGGGGAAGAGAUGACACCAGGAUGCACUAUGGGAAGAAGGCAGAGGCAGUGUGACGCUCUGGGCAAUGUUCUGCUGGGAAACCUUGGGCCCUGGCAUUCAUGUAGAUGUUACUUUGAAACGUACCACCUACCUAACCAUUACUGCAGACCAAGUACACCCUUUCAUGGCAGCAGUAUUCUGCAAUGUGCCCUGACACACUGAAAAAAUUGUUCAGGAAUGCUUUGAGGAACACAACAAAGAGUUCAGGGUGUUGACUUGGCCUCCAAAUUCCCCAGAUCUCAAUCCGAUUGAGAAUCUGUAGGAUGUGCUGGACAAACAAAUCUGAUCCACAGAGGCCCCACCUCGCAAUUUACAGGAUUUAAAAGACCUGCUGCUAACUUGGUGCCAGAUACCACAGCACACCUUCAGAGGUGUGUCCAUGCCUCGACGGGUCAGAACCGUUUUGGUGGCACAAAGCGGACCUACAAUAUUAGGCAGGUGGUUUCAAUGUUAUAGUUAUAUAUAGUAUAAUAAAAAACAUUUCUUGAGUUUAUCCCUCUGAGGCACCCUUUUAUGGAUGAAUCCAAGGAGAACCUCUUUAGAAAGCUAUCCAUUAAACCUUUAAGGUGCUCUUUUUAAGAGGGUACACGUUUGUGUUGUUCUGCAUACACCAAUUAAACACGUUAAAAAAAUUAUUUUUUAUAAGUUUAAUGUGCUAUUUCUUCAUUAUACACAUAUGGUACAGUACAUCAUGUCAUUUUGAAACAGACUUACUGUACUAAACGCCCUUCAUUACUGUUUCUUUUUUUUUUUUUUAAAGCAUGGUUUCAAUUAAAUUUAGACUAGCUUAAUAUGCGCCAUAUUCGACUCACCUAAGGGAGCUGUGUAGGAAAGUUUUCGCUAUACAGGACGGUGUCAGGAGCAAAUCCAGUAGGCUACAGUAAUAAUAAAAACCACUAGCAGAAAGAGUCGGUUCGUCGCGGACGGCACAUUAAUAAAGAGUCGAUGCUUUAGCGUAAUUCUGCGCGCGCGUGGGGAAAGCGUCUGUGUAACGGCAACGGUUUGUAAACAACGCAGUUAAACUACAGUUAUAAGCAAAUAUAUCGUGGAGGUUUAAUCAUUUUGGCCAUGGCUCAGCACUUUGGACAUCCUGGUUCUGCUAUAUUUCAGUCGACACCCAAAGCCACUCAUCACCAAGUGUCAGCAAAGGUGUCAGAAGAGGGUCAUGGGCAUGGUUUAGACCAAGACUCAACUGGUGAAAUACUGUCAUUUGUAACCCUGGAUGAAAGCCAUGAGCAGCAAAGCGUGGAUUCAGGCAUUAAUGUCUCGCACAGAAGUUUACCAAUGAACGAGGUGGAUGAGAGUGUUGUCUCCACCCCUAUUAACACAAGAAUAGAUGAAAUUGGGAAGAAAGCACAAGACCUUAUAGAGAGGAUCAACCAGAACCGAGCAAUGGACCAGAAACUUAUGAACAGCUUUGAGGAGAAACUAAUGAAGAAGGUGAGUGAGAUGUGCCAACAGAUGAAGGAGCAGAUGUUUGAGUAUUAUGAGAAACACAGCCGAGAAAUGGAGACAAAGCUCACUGAGCUCUCAGAAGUGUUGGAGCGCAGCAGUCAGCUCAGCAUGGAGCUCCAGGGAGCCAGCCAGACACUGGCAGCCAUUAACAAGGGUCUGCAGCAAACCCCAGGCCAGUAGAGACAAAUCACACAGAUAACACCGUGCCUAAAAUACUUCCAUAGCACCAGACAUGUGACAGCAAAAACAAAGUAGUUUAGUUUGUUGAUAUAAUAGAAAUACCUUAUUACAAAAGUAGGGUGACAGGUUUCGUACUCAUUUCAUACCUGUAUGAUUUGCACUUAGCCGUAGCAAGACCAGAGUACUUUCCCAACAUCCAGCUUACAAAGAGUGUAGUAGGUAGAGGGAAGUAGAAUAGCAGGAAUGCUGAACUGCUAAAACUGAAGAGAGAGAGACUCCAUUAAUGGAGCAACAGAAAGAUUAAAUUGAAAACAAACAUUUUCUUCAGACAGUACUAUAAGGCUCAACAUGUAUUAUUCCAACUUGUGUUUUGAACUUUGGUUUUUUGUUUUAUUAAAGUUAUCUGUUUACUAAAGUAUCUAUUUAGACUGUAAACUAUUUCUUUCCUUUUCAUUUUUUUGUCAUAGCAAUAUAAACAAUCAAAGCUUCAUAAAGUGAAUAUGAUGAUAAUAUGCAAAUCCUGAAAAUCCCAGAGCACUGCACCAUCAGGAAAUGAGAUUUUUCAUGUCAGUAUACCCACAGUCAUCAGCUAGAGUAAUUAGAAAAAUAGUGAAUCCAUAUCUAAAGGGAAUAAAGAUUUCUCGACACUAUAUUGUUUUACUCUGCUAAAUUAAGAUUUAGCAGAGCAAAUUCACAGAGCACAUCAGAGUUCAAACAGUCAAAGUAAAUUAGAUACACAUAUAAACAGCUUCACCAUUUGUUUCUGAACAACUCUACACUUACAUGUAUCUUACUUUAUUCUCUUGGUCCUCAACCCUAUGGGCUCAUCCAUACACAUUUGAUUUCAUCUGUUCAAAGUAUUUUUAUACAAAAUUAUGCAUAAGCUGCCAAAUCUGUGUUUUCAUAAACGUCAUAUUCAAGCAGAUACUGCAUUUUUUUAAAGCCAUCAGUCAUGCAGUGUAGUGCAAAUACACAUGGAGAGGAAAGUAAACUCCCUAUGCUGUGUACGUGACCUGAAAACCAUCCAAUUGUAUACAGAAUGUGUAUGAAUUGAGGAGCUAUUUGCUACCCAUUCAGUUUAUUGGGAAUACCUGUACACCUGCAUGUUCACGCAAUUAUCCAAUUGGCUGUCCAAUCAUGUAGCAACAGCACAUAAAAUCAUACAGAUACAGGUCAAGCACUUUAGUUAAUGUUCACAUCAAACAUCAGAAUGGGGGAAAACGUGAUCUUGGAUGUUGCUCACUGGAUGAUUUUGUUUGAUUGUUUUUGGUACAGUUCGGCUCUAGACACUGUUGUGUGAAAAUCUGAGGAGUUCAGCAGUAUUUGAACCAGCUCAUCUAGCACCAAC